UGGCCGUUGGACUACGUCAUACUCAUCGCGAUCCGUCGCGAGCAAGAAACUGAAACAAUUUCACCACCACGCGAGGUCUGUCACAUCAUCUUCAACGACCAAGCAUCCCCCCUUCAUUGUCCUCCAAGGACAACUUGCUCUGACGACAAUGCCAUCCCACCUCGCUACCUUGGUAGCAGCCGCGUCGUCGCUGGUGGCAUUGGCUGGCGCCGACGCCUCCUUCGCGCAACAACCGAUCCGGCCAUUGGACCACUCGCAAGGAUAUCAAUUCGACCCUCUCCUUCAUCUACCGGGCAUCUCACCCUACUUUGACGCCGUUGGCUUUGGCCUGUCCCACGCCGCGCCCGAGGGCUGCACCGUGUCCGCUGCGUCGUAUCUCAUCCGCCACGCCGCCAUCUACGCCAACGACGCCGAGUACGAAGACUACAUUCAGCCUUUCCUCGCCAAGCUGGACAAGCACCGCGGUGGUUUCUCGGGGCCCCUGGAGAUUCUCAACGACUGGACCUCGCCCAUUGAAGAGGACCACCUCGAGGACGUCACCCCCUCAGGCAAGGUGGACGCGACGAGGGUCGGCCAUCAUCUCGCCAAGCGCUACCCUCACCUCGCAGGGUCCGUCGAGCGCGUCGUGGCCGACACUAAAGCCAGGACCUACGAUACCGCCCGGGCCUUUCUAAAGGCGUUCCCCCACGACGGCGACAUUGACGUCACCCGCCUCGACAAGAAGGAGCUCAACGACGGCACGCGGGCUGUCCUCCCACACAAGGCGUGCUCCAACUUUACGAAAGCCCCCGGGACAGAGGAGCAGCUCGAGUUCCUCAAUGUGUACGGCACGCAGACCUCGCGUCGCCUGCGUCCCUUCACCCCAGACGGCUUCGACCUCGCCCCCAAGGACGUCUUUGCCCUCCAGUCCAUCUGCGGUUACGAGUCGGCCAUUCAGGGCGCGCGCUCGUCCAUUUGUGAUUUCUUCUCGGACGCCGAGUGGCUCUCGUACGAGUACGCCUGGGACAUGAAGUACGCGCACAUGGUCGGUCCGCUCAACCCUCUGUCCAGCUACCUUGGUUUUCCCUGGCUUCACUCGCAAUCCCAGCUCUUCGAGGCCAUUGACGAGGGCGUGGCGCUGGGCAACGGGACGACGAUCGAGUGGCCGACUGAGCAGCGUCUGUUCUUCUACUUUACGCAUCGCGAGGUGCCCCCCUUUGUAGCCACGGCGCUGGGCAUCUUCAAUUCCUCGUCGUACCAGGGACGCGACGAGUUUCCCACAUCGCACGUGAACCACGUGCGGGCGUGGAAGAUGUCUGAUCUGAUUCCAUUCCUGGGCCACGUCGGUAUGGAGAAGAUGACCUGUGACCGGGCGGACAUGAACGGGGGCAAGGGCGGCCAGGAGGACUUUGUGCGGUUCAUCGCCAAUACGGCGCCGCGACCGCUGCCCUUGUGCCAGAGCGGUCCGGGCGCCAGCUGCCCCUUUGAAACCUUUCAGGGGAUCGUCCGCGCGGGGAUGGACAAGUACGGGGACUUUGAUGGCGUGUGCCAGAAUGGGGGCUAGCCUAGAGGCACUGGGGGAGCGAUGAGGAGAUGUGCCGAAUGCACCACGGCACUGUACUGGAGUAGAAAGAGCAUAGCAUUGGAAAAAAUCGCAUUGGAGUUUCUACGUAUGUUUAGGAGAACUUUUGACAUAGCACGUGGCUCGGAUCUCGCAGGCCCGGGCC